UAAAAAUACAACAAAAUCCACUCACACAAACAUACCACACUUUGAACAAAAAAGCAGAAGAUGGCAUUGGCUACUUCUUCAUCAUCAUCUGCUUCACUAUCUCUAAUUAGUAUUUCUUCCCCAAACCCUAAAUCUUUCAUUUCCCCCAAAUCCCAAUCUUUAAGUUUCUCAACUUCAUCUUCUUUCAAUUUCAAUUUCAACUCCAAAUCCCUCCUCCGCCCUUCCUCCGCCCGCCGCAAUGCUUUCGUCGUCAAAGCUGGACUGCCACUAGUGGGAAAUGUUGCACCAGACUUCGAAGCUGAGGCUGUUUUUGAUCAAGAGUUCAUUAACGUUAAGCUAUCUGAUUACAUUGGGAAGAAAUAUGUCAUUCUAUUUUUCUACCCAUUGGACUUCACCUUUGUUUGUCCUACCGAAAUCACCGCAUUCAGUGACCGAUAUGCAGAGUUUGAGAGUAUAAACACUGAAGUAUUGGGUGUUUCUGUGGACAGUGUGUUCUCCCAUCUUGCAUGGGUUCAAACAGAUAGAAAGUCUGGGGGUCUUGGUGAUCUUAACUAUCCACUUGUUUCUGAUGUGACAAAAUCAAUUUCAAAAGCUUUUAAUGUGUUGAUAGAAGACCAGGGAAUAGCAUUGAGAGGACUUUUCAUAAUCGACAAGGAAGGGGUUAUCCAACACUCCACAAUCAACAAUCUUGCAAUUGGUCGAAGUGUUGAUGAAACAUUGAGAACACUCCAGGCAUUGCAAUUUGUGCAAGAUAACCCAGAUGAGGUAUGCCCAGCUGGAUGGAAGCCAGGGGAGAAGUCAAUGAAGCCCGACCCUAAGUUGAGCAAGGAAUACUUUUCUGCCGUAUAAUCAGUAACUAUCUUCCUGGAAACAAAACUGGUGUAUCUCCAUUGUUGGUUAAAAAAGAUUGGCAGAUAGCGGUUUUUGUUUCUCACAAUGUGCUAUUUUUAUCGAAUUGAAUUUUGGGAGUAUUUUUUGUUGUCCGGGUUAUAAACUUGUCAGAACAAGAUAAUGUUACAUGUGUCUUAUUACAUAACA